AUGGUGUACAACGGCUCAGCAAGUUGGGAGUAUUUAAGUACUCCAAAUGAGGGGAUCUCGAUGAAUUACCUACACUGUGACGGCUCGGAGGAAGACCUCUUGUUCUGCAAGUCUGACCCUUGGCUAUCACACACAUGCCAUGUGCCAUACGCUAUUCGAAUUGAAUGUAAUACUCCUGUUGACAUUUAUCGCACAAGGAUAACUGAUCACGCCGUCGGAGGUGCUGGGAGCUACAGGUACAUGUGUGACCAAGGGUUUGGUCCCGAGGAGGCGUACGUGUAUUGCAGAACAGCAUAUCGUCCAACAUGGAAUGCAUUAAUACGGCAUGGUCAGUACGCCGGAUCCUCUCAACUGAUUCACGCGAACUGCAAUGGAUAUGAAACUGACAUAUCGGAGUGUUAUCUCUACAAUUCAUACUGUGGACAAUAUAGCAGUGUCAGAGUGGAUUGUUUAGAAACAGACAUCGAGCUGAUUGGAGGCCAUAACAAUCUGACCGGAACUAUCUUUGUGAAUGUGACUGAUACAUGGCGAUACAUCUGCGCUGAUGACUUUGGGCCAAAUGAGGCCAGGGUCGUGUGCAAAACUCUUAAUGGAACUGACGUCCCUGGCCAGAUAUCCCGCGAAUAUGUUGGCCAUUACGGAUUGGUGUCAGACUUACAAUGUACGGGCAGCGAGAAUGACGUGUCUUUGUGUACCUCAAACGUCGGAGAUUACUGCAACAGCGGAUACGCCGCCGCUGUGGAUUGUAACACGGUUCGUCUUGUUGGUGGAACUGAUUAUACGAACGGUCGUGUAGAAGUAUAUGACACCUUCAACCAGACGUGGGAAAACGUAUGCUACGAUCAUUUCAGCUACAACGACGCAAAAGUUAUUUGCCGACAACUAGAAUUCUACACUGGAGCAUUUAGGUACCGAUUAUAUAGAGCUUUUCCAAGACCAUCGAUAUACAGAAUGAAUUGCCAUGGUUAUGAGGAUGACCUAUCACAGUGUGCAAUCGACUGGAAUAAUGGACACUGCAGUUAUGAUGCUGAAGUGGAUUGCAGAGCUGCACAAGUGCGCCUGGUUGACGGUGAUCACUACCAUUCUGGGCGGGUUGAGGUUUACUACCAGAGCCAAUGGGGGACUGUGUGUCGACAAAACUUCGACCAUAAUGAUCUGAUGGUUGUGUGCAGGACACUGGGUUACUAUCGUGGAUACGGACGUGGAAAGAUAUACGAAGGGGUACCAGCUACCGGAGGAAACGUGGUUAUUGAAGACUUACAAUGUUUCGGAGGUGAAUCAAACGUAAAACAUUGUAAAUCCAAGGUCUGGCUGUCAAAUACGUGUGACCACUCCCAGGAUGUCAGUAUUGAUUGCAAUUAUGGAGACAUUCGACUUGUUGAUGGUGGCUAUGGCAGUGUCAGUGGACGACUCGAAGUGUUCUACAGCGGACAGUGGGGAACUGUUUGUAGUAGAGGUUUUGACAUCCGGGACGCACAGACAGUGUGUUAUAUCCUCGGUUACUAUGGAUCAACGACCUAUUACCGCUCGUAUUAUAUUGAGGGACGAGGCUAUGGAGCAAUUAUGAUAGAGGACCUCCAAUGUCGAGGUCGAGAGUGGAGUCUAGCUCAGUGUGAUUCCGGGCCUUGGUUGUCGAAUAAUUACUGUAGUCAUUACGAUGAUGUUGGCGUAGAUUGUUCAGGGCAAAUAUCGGCAAUGACAACAGAAGCUACUUCCACUUGGUCUCCAGAUACUUCUUCAAAUUCACCCAAUUGUGGAGGGUAUUUCAACGGUUGGUCGGGCUAUAUAGCCUCACCAAACUAUCCUUACCAUUACGACAACAACUUACGGUGUACGUACCAUCUAAGUGUUCCAAGCGGUCACCGUGUGUGUCUCUAUAUUGAGGACAUGAACCUUGAGACCUGUUGUGACCAUCUUCGGCUUUAUGAUGGGCCUUCUUCGUCGUAUCAGUUAAUAAGCAGCGUUACUUCAACAGCUGCUCCUGGAAUAAGCUGGAACGACACGGAGAUUUGCUCCACCGGACCUACAAUGACUGCAGUGUUCACUACGGACGGCUCUGUCACACCGACAGGGUUUAACGCUACUUAUUCUGCCUUUCUUCCUAAUUCAAAAGGUAUCCGCCUUGUCAACGGUCCCAACUAUUACUCCGGUCGGGUGGAGAUCUACCACAACGGGCGGUGGGGCACGGUAUGCGACGACAGAUUUGAUCAUAGAGACGUCAUGGUCAUCUGUAGGAUGCUUGGAUAUUACCAGGGGGAACAAUACGGUCGCCCAUACGGAAAUGCCCGCUUUGGAAGUGGAUCGGGAACUAUUUGGCUUGACGAACUCGGUUGCAACGGGUACGAGUCCGAUGUCCGGGACUGUUAUCACCAGGGUUGGGGCCUCCAUGACUGUAGUAGGAGCGAGGAUGCCGGUGUCGACUGUUAUGCCUACAACCCGGAAUACACGACCUCUGAUCCUUGGUGGUAUCAUACCUCAGAGUACACAACCUAUCAGCCCUGGUGGAUGACAACCUCAGGCUACACUGUGUACGAUGCGAUUCGUGUGAGCUGUAACGAGCAGGGCUGGGACAUCCAGGUGGACAUGAAUCGCCUACGGUUGGCUGCCCCCGGUGCCCUCUCCUCCGACAUUUACCUGGGAGAGAACUCAUGCACAGGCACAGAGGAAUGGGGCAUCCUGCACUUCCGCCAGGGACUCCGUCAAUGCCUUACUUCGGAGACGCAACGUUACAACGCGUUGGUUUACGCCAACGAGCUAGUGUACGCCGAGCACGACCCCGUCUACAGUUACAUUAUCCGCAAUUACAACUGGACGGUUGGGGUGGAGUGUGACGUCCAAAGAAACGAGACUUCUUCAGGGCACAUCCAUCACGACAACAACCAACACACGGUGGUUCCGGUCACGGGUGCAAGUCACUACGGCGUCAACAUGACAUUCUAUCGCGACGCCAACUUCCGGAUGCCGCUCCCCGGAAAUCCGCUGCACGUGCCUGUCGGCACGGACGUGUAUGUAAAGGUGUUCACGACGACGAGCGACUGGACCGUGAAGAUGCGCGUGCACUCCUGCUUCACGCGCCCCGCCAACAGCGCCUCAAACAACCUUGAAUACUUCCUCAUCAAAAAUGGGUGUGAGAUGGAUUCAAACACUCAUCUUAUCUCGCAGUCAGCACACGAGACUCGCUUCGUCUUCAAAGACUUUGAGUACACGAGCAGCCACGAGGGUAUUGACGUUGAGUGUGACACCACGUUUUGCAGUUCCCAUGACUACUCCCGCCAAUGCACACAGACGUGUAACCCAGUGAUAAGGCGGUCGGGGCACUUGCAUAUUCAAAAGGCAACAACAAAUAGUGACUAUGACAUCACAACUGAUGGUCAUGUCAGCAUUGUAAACGAUGACACUGUCGAUAGUCACGUCAGUCCUGUCAAUGAUGUCACCGCCGAUAUCCACGCAAGCCCUGUAAAUGAUGUCACAACAGAUAGUCACGACAGCCUUGUGAAUGACGUCACAAAUGAGAUUAGCAUUAAGCUAGUGAGUGACAUCAUAACUGAUACUGGUGAAAGUCAUGUCAGCUUUAUGAAUGACGUCACAACAGAUAGCCAUGUUAGCCCCAUUGCGGAUGUCCUGAUGACCCCUUCCGUUGAGUCGUCUGAUGAAAAUUAACCAGCAGUUGUUGUUGUUUUUUCCAGUGAUUGCUAUAAAUGCUAUUUCGAAUAGUACUAUAGUCGAGAUAUUGCAAUUGUUUAUAUACAAACAAACGAACAUGAAUAAUAUAUCCGAUAAGUUUAAUUUGUUACUAGAUUUUUGUUCAUAAAUCAGCAGAGAGUUUGUCGGACGGACAUACAAAUCAUACAUUUUGCAGGUUUUCUGUACACGAACCUGAAAUGAAAAUUCAUGAGUUAAUGUUACCUUUCGAAUAUCAAUAAUUGGUCUGCAAAUGUUCACUUUUCAAAGUUACUUAGUACUACUAAUGCUUUACGUUUAUGCAGCCAUACAAGAAAGAUUAUGAAAAAGCAGCGACUAUAUUGUUUUAUCCUUUGGGUAAUAAACAAACGGCAGAAACUGUAUCUUUAUAACAGUAUUAAACAUAUUUUUAAUAUUGAAAAAUCCAGCACUAUAUGGUGAAAUCUGAAAUAUUAAUUCAUGUUAUUACCAA